GAGUUGUUGUAGAAGCACAGAGAACCCAGCUGGGUUCAUGUCUGACAAUCUGACUGCCAGAAUGGAAAGACCUGGAUUGGUAAUAGUUCUCAUUCUGGUUUCAUGUGUCUGCGGGACUUUAGGCCAGGCAUGUGAAGGAAACUGUGGAGAAAUGUUCAGCUCAUGUUCAUGCCACUCAACAUGUGUGUCCCUGGGGACCUGUUGCAUCGACUACACAGAAUACUGUGUUAAUAUCUCACCGUAUUCUGGGUCAAUUAUGGGUGGACAAGACUUUAUUGUUCUUGAUGCAAGUUUCAAUAAAAGUUCUCACAUUGUAUGCAGAUUCAAUAAUAAAACCAACACUGUGGGGUACGUAGAUGACAAUGGUAGAGGCCAUUGCAUCUCCCCACUAUUAUACGAAACAGGAUGGGUUCCUUUUCACAUCUCCUCAGAUAAUGGUACUACUUUCAGCAGAGCUGGAGCUUGGCUCUCAGUUCACACAGGAAAGUUAGAUAAUCAGUUUAAAGCUGAUCUGGUAAACUCAACGAAGUGGCAGUAUUACGGCACCCCUAAUGUCCAGGGCACUCUUAAAAUGACAUGGAAUAGCUCUUUGGUCAGAGCAGACAGAGUCAAUAUGGAGCUGUGGGGAUACAGAGAGACAGGAAAGCCUUAUUCUGAGUACUGGCAGGGCGAGUGGGAGUAUCUCUACUCACUUGCAAAGGAUCAGCCCAACAAUGGCUCCUUUAGCUUUUUACCCAAACCAGCAGAGGAUGGCUUUUCAAGUUGGGAGCUUGGUUCUAUUCGAGUUAGCUCCAGCAGCUACCCAGAUGGCACAUGGAAUGUCCAAGCUACAUGGACUGAGGAUCACGCACUGGCCUGGCAUCUGGAGGAAAAGUUCAGGCAGAAUUCAGCAGCUUGGGCCCUGGAAAAAUGUUUAGCAUGGGACCAGCUAGAAAAUGAGCUGCCCACCUUCCUCAGUGAGAUCAUUGAUUGUCCCUGCACUCUGGCUCAAGCGAGAGCAGACACAGGAAGGUUUCAUACUGAUUAUGGGUGUGAUAUAGAGAAAGGGAGUGUGUGCACCUACCAUCCUGGGAGUGUUCACUGUGUAAGAGCUAUACAAGCCAGCCCUAUGUAUGGUGCAGGACAACAGUGUUGUUAUGACAGUACCGGCGCUCAGGUCCUGACAGCGGACUCCAUCGGUGGUAGUACUCCAGAUCGAGCACACGAUUGGGGCUCACCUCCAUACAGAAAACCACCUCGAAUUCCUGGACAGUCCCACUGGGUCUAUGACGUCCUUAGUUUCUAUUACUGUUGCCUCUGGUCUGACAACUGCCACUAUUACUUCAAACAUCGGCCUUCCAGUGACUGUAGGCAGUACAAGUCACCAAGCUCAGCUGUAGUGUUUGGAGAUCCUCACUUCAUAACAUUUGAUGGUGUCAGCUACACCUUCAACGGCAAAGGAGAAUACACUCUGGUGACCUCAGCAGAGAGGAAGCUGACAGUCCAAGGCAGAACGGACCUAGUGAACGGUGAAAUGCUGAGUCUUAAAGAUAGACUGUCUUCUUUAACAAUAACAAGUAAAUGCAAUCAUAAAGGAAGAAAAACCUCCAAUGUGAUUCUCUCACUUACAGGAACUGCGAUAAAAGCAACUAAGCUGACAGCUGUAGCCAUGAUGGAGGCAUCCUCUGACAUUAUUGAGGUGCGUCUGGUCACCGGACACAGGGGGCUUGAAGUUCUGCAUAACCAGAAAACCCUCUCCUUUGCUGAGCAGACCUGGAUGGACUUACAUGGUGUGUUUGUGUUUUCCCCUUCCUCUAUGAAUGUGACUGUGAUGUUCCCGUCCGGAGCUGGGGUGGAAGUGCGACUGACAGAAGAAACCAUGGCAACCACUGUUCUCCUGCCAGAGGAGUUUAAAGACUCCACUCUUGGAUUGUUGGGAAAAAUGAAUGGUGACCCAAAAGAUGACCUUGUCCUCAGCAACGGGCAGCUUUUGCAGAAUCAUAGUAAUCCAGAGGAGCUCUUCAGCUUUGGAGCAAGCUGGGCUAUAGACAACUCAUCUGCUUUGUUCACAUAUGAUUCACAGUAUCUUCUGGACACAUAUUACCAUGCUCCUAGACAUGACCCCAGUUUCUUUCCAGUGUUUUCUGUCCCUGAGAACCCAGAUGAUCCACUGACUAAUCAAGCAACUCUGAUUUGCUCUGGAGAGGGAUCUCAGUUCUGCAGGUAUGAUAUCCUUGUAGGUCGAAGCCCAAGAAUGGGAAAUGCUACCAGAGUGUCAUUCCAGAGUCACAUUUCUCUUGUGGAGGAUCUUAAACCUGUGAUAUCCUGUGGAAGGCUUCCACCACCAACUAAUGGGAAAAAACAUGGGACCACCUACUUGCAUGGAGCUAAGGUGCGGCUCUCCUGCGAUGAAGGCUACAUACUCAAAGGAUCGGAAGAGAGAAUCUGCCAGAGAAAUGGCCAGUGGUCUGGAGAAGAUACAAGCUGCUUUGUUCCCAGUAAACUCGGUGGAAUUGUGGCUGGUUCAGUCAUCGGAGCUUUGCUACUGGCUGUAAUCACAACUUCGCUUGUGCUCCUCUACAGAAAACAGAGAAGAAAAUCAUCAGAUUCAGAGGAAGAGGAGAAGAGCGAAGCCUUCUAACUAAAAUCCUGUUAGUAAUAUUUUAUUUAUAACAAACACAUCAUGAUCAGCAUGAUAUAAGAAUUUAAUUUUUUGAACAGCUUUUAUUUUCAUUAGGAACUACAAACCUUUGGUGUAUUACAUUUUUUUUCCAGGUUGACAGAAGAUUAAUAAUGUGUAUAAUAAUACUUUAACUUAAAAUCCUUCUAAGUUAUUUGUCACAGACCAAAUGUAACAUAAGUAAAUUAAUUUUAUCUUAUAUACAAGUUAACCAAUAAGACUGCAGUAAAGUGUUUCUUGCAGCAUAAACACUCCACUACUGUCAGUGUCCAAGAAUGUGUCCAUUAUGAGAGCGAUAAAUGUUUGAUUAAAGACUUUUUUGUUCAGCUCAUCAGAUUAUCUGAAGAAAGAAAAAAAAGACAUACCUAUGACAGUAGAUUAACCACGUAUUUUACUGAUAAAUAAAACCACUCCAAUACUG